CUUUCACAACACGACGUAUCUUUUAGAGACCGGAAGUCAAACGGCUUCUGUUUCUUAUUUGCGCCCGUUAGGUCCAAACUCACAAACAACUCAAUCUUCUGCAUUCAUUGUGCAAAGAUGCUGUCUAUAUUCAAGUCCAUCCCCACGCACAUGGAUUAUAAAGGCCAGAAGCUGGCUGAACAGAUUUUCCAAGGAAUAAUACUCAUCUCAGCGGUGAUUGGAUUCGUGUAUGGUCUGAUCAUUGAACAGUUUGGGUGGACAGUAUACAUAGUUUUGGCUGGCUUUGCUGUGUCCUGUGUGUUGACCCUGCCCCCAUGGCCUAUGUACAGAAAGAGUCCUCUGUCCUGGCAGCCAGUUGUACCAGAGACCAGUGGGGAGUCCAGCCAAAAACCUCAGGAAAGCCUCAAGAAGAAGAAGCACAAAUAACUCAGAACUAUGGCUGCCUAGUUGUUAAUACACCUUUUUAUAUUGGGAAUUAUUUUUCUCAUGGUUCACAUCUGAAGCAUUUAGAAAGAAAUCUUUGUUACAGUGUUUAUCAGUCAAUAAUGAAAUACUUGUUCAUCCAAAUAAACAUCUAAUACUGUC